GCCAAAUAUGAACCGAGAUGUUCGCAACUGGACACAGGCAUGUAUUAAAUGCCAGAAAGUUAAAGUUCAUCGUCACACAAGUUCCGCAGUAGGUCCAUUCCGUCACCCAGAUAGCCGAUUCGAGCACAUACAUAUCGAUAUUGUGGGACCACUGCCAAUUUCGAAUGGCUUCAGUUAUAUUUUUACCUGCAUAGACAGAUUCACGCGAUGGCCUGUAGCGGUGCCCAUAAAAGAUAUUUCAGCAGAGACCAUAGCUAAAACCUUAGUCGAACAUUGGAUCUCAUAUUAUGGAGUCCCUGCUCAUAUCACAACCGAUAGAGGAGCCCAAUUUGAAAGUCGCCUCUUUCAACAACUCACAGAGCUCCUCGGCAUUAAACGUAUACGCACAACCUCCUACCACCCGAUGGCAAAUGGUAUGGUAGAGAGAUUACAUCGACAACUAAAAGCAUCUCUUACAGCUGUUAUUAACAACAAUGACUGGGCCAACAAGCUUCCAUUAGUCAUGUUGAGUUUAAGAUCGACGGUUAAAAGAGACAUAGGAUGUUGCCCUGCAGAGUUAGUUUACGGAACUACCCUACGUCUACCAGGAGAGUUGUUCAUCUCAGGUAAGAUUGUUCCAACUGAUAUAACUAACUACGUACGUCGUCUAAAAGAACACAUGAGCGAUCUAAGAAUAACGCUUCCGCAGGAGAAUCAACAUCGAGUAUAUAUUCCGAAGCAACUAAGCGAUACCUCCUAUGUAUUUAUCAGGAGAGAUUUUGUGCGACGUCCCUUACAACCAACCUACGAUGGUCCUUUUAAAGUUAUCGACAGAAACGAUAAAACUAUCACCGUAGAUAAAGCUGGAAAAACGGAUGUAGUUAGCAUCGACAGAGUCAAACCAGCUUUCAUUGAAGGCGAAGAACAGCCAAUAAACGCAAACCCAUCGAAAGCCAUUGAAUCGACGAAAUGCGAGCUUAAACCCUCUGAAGCGGCAACACAGAAAACAGAAGGAAGCCCACCAACGACCAGAUAUGGACGAAGAGUCAGGUGGCCGCAAAGAUAUAUAGCUACAUUUUUGAACUGAUAAUUCUUCUUACCAUUUCGAACACAUUUUUUUUUGCUUCGCAUCUAUACGUCGAAAAUUCUAAUAUAUCCAUUAUUGCCUUCGAUACAUUGUGUAUUUCGAAAUGGAGAUGUAACCUAAAAACAUUGCU